UGCAGCGGGCCUGGGGGCGCGCUCACCAGGCGCGCGGUCACGCUGCGGGUGCUCCUUAAAGACGCGCUGCUGGAGCCCGGCGCCGGGGUGCUGUCAAUCUACUAUCUGGGGAAAAAGUUCUUGGGAGACCUGCAGCCAGAUGGGAGGAUCGUGUGGCAGGAAACGGGCCAGGUGUUCAACUCACCCAGUGCCUGGGCCACCCAUUGCAAGAAGCUGGUGAACCCAGCCAAGAAGUCUGGCUGUGGCUGGGCCUCUGUCAAGUACAAGGGCCAGAAACUGGACAAGUACAAGGCGGCCUGGCUCCGGCGAAACCAGCUCCAUGUGCCUGCAGCUGCCGCCGAUGAGAGCCCGGCCAGCGAAGGGGAGGAGGAGGAGCUGCUGGAGGAAGAGGAGGAGGAGGUUCUGACAGGAGUCUCAGCAGAGGACAAGAGUCGGAGACCACAGGCAAAGGGCCUCUCUGAGCCUGUCCACCUGGAGGCCACGCUCCCAGGGAAACGGGUGGAAAACAAGAUACGUGUGCCAGUGCGCUACUGCAUGCUGGGAAGUCGGGACUCUGCCAGGAACCCUCACACCCUUGUGGAAGUAACAUCCUUCGCAGCUAUCAACAAGUUCCAGCCAUUCAACGUGGCUAUCUCCAGCAACGUGCUGUUCCUGCUGGACUUCCACAGCCACCUGACUCGCAGCCAGGUCGUGGGGUACCUGGGGGGCCGCUGGGACACCAACAGUCAGAUGCUCACGGUGCUGAGAGCCUUCCCCUGUCGGAGUCGGCUGGGGGACGCCGAUAUGGCAGCCACCAUCGAAGAGGAGAUCUACCAGAGCCUGCUUCUGCGGGGCCUGUCCCUGGUGGGCUGGUACCACAGCCACCCGCACAGCCCGGCGCUGCCGUCGCUGCAGGACAUCGACGCGCAGAUGGACUACCAGCUGCGGCUGCAGGGCUCCAGCAACGGCUUUCAGCCCUGCCUCGCCCUGCUCUGCUCCCCUUACUACUCUGGCAACCCGGGGCCAGAGUCCAAGAUCUCGCCCUUCUGGGUGAUGCCGCCCCCUGAGCAAAGACCCAGUGACUAUGGCAUCCCCAUGGACGUGGAAAUGGCCUACGUCCAGGACAGCUUCCUGACUAAUGACGUCCUUCAUGAGAUGACACUGCUGGUGGAGUUCUACAAGGGCGCCCCUGACCUUGUCAGGUUCCAGGAGCCCUGGAACCAGGAGCACACCUACCUCGACAAGCUGAAGAUCUCCCUGGCCAGCAGGAUGCCCAAGGACCAGGGCCUGUGCCACGUGCUGGAGCAGGUUUACAGCGUCCUCAAGCAGGGGAGCUGAGGGCGCCAGCCUCCAAGGACCGGGGCGACCCAGGGCGAGGGCAGCGGGCCCCGGGCUCUGCCCGCGGCGGUGCCGCCCUGUCCCUGUGUGCCUGAGCUGCCGGGCAGCAGGCGCUCGCACAAUAAAGGAGAGAAACAAGCA